AACAAAAAACCGUAGCAUAGAUUCCCCGUGCCACCACCCUUCUCCUCGACCUCUCCGCCGCGCACCAAACCCUAAGCUCGCCGAUCCCCAUGGCCACCCACCACCGGACCCUCCACGCCCUCCUCGGCGGCGGCACAGUCGCUGACGUGCUCCUGUGGAGGCGGAGGAACGUCUCGGCGGCGGCCGUGGCGGGCGCCACGACGGUGUGGUUCCUCUUCGAGCGCGCGGGGUACAGCCUCCCGUCGGUCCUCUCCAACGCCCUCCUCCUCCUCGUCGUCAUUCUCUUCUUCUGGGCCAAGUCCGCCUCGCUGCUCAACAGGCCUCUCCCACCACUUCCUAAUCUCGAGGUCUCUGAUGUGGUUGUUGAGAAAGCUGCAGAUCACGCUCUUGUCUGGGUAAAUAGAGUGUUGGGUGUUGGCCAUGAUAUUGCCAUCAAGAGAGACAGGACAGUUUUUAUACAGGUUAUAUUGGUCCUGUGGGUGGUUUCAUGUAUUGGAAUGGUCUUCAACUUCUUUACACUCAUUUAUAUUGGUGUAAUGUUUUCUCUGUUGGUUCCGCCGUUCUAUGAGAAACACCAGGAUCUUGUUGAUGAAAAGGUUGGUUUAGUACACGGUGUACUGUCAAAGCACUUCGCUACCAUCAUUAGCAAGACUGGACAACCAAGCAAACAAAAGAAGGCCGAGUAAAAGAAAUAUUGGUGCAUUUUGGUAGCUCGGCAGUUGGCCAUGGUUUUUUCAUCCUCCAGUCUCAAUACCCAUGAACCACUGCUGAAAAUAUUUCUCCAGGAUAUAAUGUUGACUGCUGAUAUGUGAUUUAGAUGCACGCUCUUCAAUCUGAGAAAUGGAGUGUUCUGUAUAUUUUUUCCAUGAACAUGAAACAUGCUGUGGUUUACCAUAGGUUCAUCUUGUCCCGACAUCAUCUAUAUGGAAUAUGGUAGCAUGCAUAUCAGCUUAUACAAAUGUGCUGGCUGCUCGCGUCUGCAAUUCUGUUUCGUACUCCGUGAACUGCUUUCGAGGAAUUCUGAGGGUUCAUUUGGUAUCAAACUGCUCUUAGGCAUAAUCCAAUCUCAAAAUUACAUUACUACAUAGACACUUUAUCUCCCAACUGGUUUCUGGAACUAAUAUGGGGAACUCUGCGUUGUAAAGGCACUGAUGAGUGGUUGUGGAUCUCUGAUACUGUAACUAUAAAUUUGCAACUCGUGUCUCCCUUUCCCUCGUGGCAUGAACUGCUUAACACUUUUUAACAACCAAUCAAGACUAGUUAUGUUUA